AUGAUUGAAAGGGUGGAAUCCAUACAUGAACACGACUUGAUAUAUCGCGACAUAAAACCAGAUAAUUUUCUUAUAGGAAGACCAGACACACCGGAAGCAAACCAAAUAUUUGUUGUUGACUUUGGAAUGGCAAAGCAGUAUCGAGAUCCCAAGACAAAAGUUCACAUACCAUAUAGAGAAAAGAAGGCUUUGAGUGGCACAGCUAGGUACAUGUCGAUUAAUACUCAUUUAGGUAGGGAGCAGCUGAGGCGGGACGAUUUGGAAAGUCUUGGCCAUGUGUUUAUGUAUUUUUUGCGGGGGUCUUUGCCGUGGCAGGGUUUAAAGGCUCCAACAAACAAACAAAAGUAUGAAAAAAUAGGGAUGAAGAAACAAACUACUUCGGUAAAUGAAUUAUGUUAUGGUUUACCUAUUCAAUUUGCUCAGUACUUGACAUACGUGAGAAACUUGAACUUUGAUGAGACGCCCGACUACAAAUACUUGGUUGGAUUGAUGGACAAAGCUAUGCUAACACUCGGCUUUGAGGAGGAUGGUCAUUAUGAUUGGAUGGAUUUGAAUAACGGCAGAGGCUGGGAUGCGGCGUUGAACAAAAAGGCAAACUUGCACGGGUAUGGAAACCCCCAUCCCCCAAGGAGGUCGCAGCUACAGCAGCAACAACAACAACUACAGCAACAAAAGAGUCAUAAUACAAAUUCACCGUCAUACCAGCGGCUCCAAAGCUAUGCAAAUUAUCCACUGAAUCAACAGCCACAGCAGCAACCGCUCUUGGGCAAGAAAUUGGAUGGCCGAAAUGCUGCUACUACUGCUGCUGGUGCGCAAAGAAGGUAUGGGUAUCAAUCAAUUAAUCAGGACUCCAAAGCUUCAAUGUUGGUAAAUGCGUACCAGCCUGGACAGGAACGAGAUUUGGAAUAUGGCGGUGAUCAGAAUGGUAUAAUCAACUCGAGAAAUGACGAGGAUCUUCAUUCAGACACUUCAAGUUUCAAUAGAAAGAAAAGCCGGUCUUGCUUCUUCUGUUGUUACAUAUAG